GUGGGCCGUGUCCCGGGUACAUCCAUCGACGAUCCAGCUCAGCAUGCAGCUCAAGACGCCCUACGAGAGGGCGCUCGCCAUUUGUGCCAGUUUCGGCGCUCUGGGCCUCUCCAGUCUGUUCAUCUCGUCGAUUACCAACACAAUGGCGGACACCAGCCGAAAGUUGCAGCGGAAGAACCAGUUGCUGCAUUCUGUCAGAGAGUACUGCUCGGCGCACUUCAUAUCCGCGUCCCAUGUGCCCUGGACUUGCUAUGGCGGAAUCAUCGACGGUGUGAUGAUGGCUUUUGGUGUUUUGAGCGGUUUUCGCAUUGCUGACGUUCACGCCUAUGCCAUGGUGUCCUCAGCAUAUCGUAACUCAUAG